UUGUUUAUUAGAACGACGGUGGCGACCCACCCAGUCGGCAUGUGUAGGCAAAAAUAUCUUCGGUCAUGUGACACAUGACCCCCCAAAAGGCAUUUACAUGUCAUCGCCAGCUAGGACAAUAAACGGCGGACAGGGCUAUCUUCAAAAUUUUGAGGUUCCGAGGCAAAAAAUAAUCCUAAAUUCUAAAAAGUGCGCGCGCACUAUUCGGAGGAGUCGAGCGGCCGGCUCCUGGCGCACGAUCUCACUCCUAUCAUCUCGCGCGUUGGUCAGGUGGUACCUGGUCGGGGCGGUUUCUCGAGCCGACGCCGCUCGAUGACCACAACUGUUUCUAUCCAUUCGUCCCGUCCAACCAUAGCGCUCGCCGCCCUCGAGAGCUUCUUCCGCGCCGUCUCGCCCGAGGCUGUAGGUGCCGUCGUCGACUACGUGCAGGACGACGGCCACGGCCAUGUCACAGCUUUCUGCCAUCUGCUCCCCCGCCUCGGCUACCCCAAAGACGCCAUGUGCGCGAUGCUUGUGAGGACCUUCCCGCCGCUAGCUCCUCCACCGCUGCUGCUACGAGCUGUGUAGAUUCUCAUGGAUGAAGUGCAUGGUUUUCAUGGGCAGAAGAAAGCAUGUGAACGAGGGGCGCUCCGGCGAACUCGUUGGAGAUGUUGGGGUGCAGCGACCGCCCGUACGGUGCAGAUCAAGAUGAUUCGACCUCGCCGCGAUAUAGUCUAUUUGCACAUAAAUUGAUGUUUAGUUGACUUCUAAUGUAGUCUAGUUACACACAUAUUGAUGUUUAGUUAGCAGUAAGACUAACUGCACACACAUUGAUAUUUAAUUGGCUUGUAAUGUAGUAUAGUUGCAUA